AGUGCUUGAAGAAUGACGAGUUGGAUAUUCGUGACGAUCGCAUGCUGCCUGGUCAGUGGCCUACAGGCGCAAACGGACUACUGCACCACAACUUACUGCCGUUCUGGAAAACCGAACGUCGGUUGUAAUCCUCCUGCAGGAACCGGUGGUCCUGUAUGCGUUGGCAGGAACUCUGCCAUAGUGGCACUAGACUCGAAUCUCCAGUCUUUGAUACUGUACGAGCACAACACACGUCGAUCUCAGCUUGCCCUGGGUCAGUUGGAAUCUUUUCUUCCCGCGACUCGCAUGCCUACGAUUACCUGGGAUACAGAACUGGCAAAGCAAGCUGGCCACAAUGCUCGUAGCUGCGUCUAUGGGCACGAUCGUUGUCGUAACACAGCUGUGUACGCGUGGGCCGGACAGAACAUAGCUCAGUCACAGUUUUAUGGCAUGACAAAGACGACAGAGGAAUUGGUUAAGGAAGGCAUCAAUUCAUGGUGGAGUGAAUACAACGUCACCACACAAGAUCAACUUAAUAGCUAUCCUUCAGGAUACAAAGGACCAGCGAUAGGCCAUUUCACUCAGAUGGCGAGUGAUCAAACUGACAAACUAGGAUGCGCUAUGCAGUAUUGGUUGGAUGGUGACUGGGAAACGUAUUACUUUGUUUGUAACUAUGCCGUCACGAACGUCGUCGGUAGUCCUGUCUACAAAAGCGGAACUGUCGCUUCAGGAUGUACUUCGGGACAAAAUCCAAUUGCCGCACUGAACGGACUGUGUUCGACUUCAGAGUCGAUAAAUCCUCUUCCAAAUUCUGCACCAUAA